AUGCCCCUGACGAGCGUAGUUGCUGAUGCACUCGGCGUAGUCACAAUCUCUCUUGUCACACUUUUGGGUCUCAUCGGUUUGCUUUGCAUCUUAUACUCCUUUUACUUUCGCGACCACAUUCGUACCCAAACCCAUACCCAACUCGGAUACUUCAGUGGCCCGUGGAUUAUCCGUAUUAUUUUCAUCUUCUUCUCAAUCUUUUGGGGCUUCAGUGAAAUCCUACGUCUCGAAUUCUUGAGACGCGAAGAACACGAGUUCUGGCCCGUUGAGCCGGAAGUGGAACAUCAAAACGACGGUUUACGUUCUCCUAGGUUUCCUACCGUUGUUUGCGCUUCAAAUGACGGUUGUUUUCAUCGGACCUCGAUACGAAACGGAUUUGCAUUUGAACGAGAAAGUUUUUUUCCAUUACGGGUUUUGUUACUCGGUUUAUCUGUUUUGUUCAAGCCAGGGGACGCGGUGUUUGAAGUUCUUGCAUUUUUGGCUUUUCUUUCUCUUUUAUGUUGUUCUGGGGUUGGGAUUUGUGUUCUUGUUUACUUCCCGAUUGCAGACUCUUUGGCUUUGAAGAAUCUGCAAGAUAUCAGGGAACAUGAUACUCGGUCAUUACUUGCUAACCAUGGCCCACCUGAUGAUUUUACUACGGGGUCCACAAAAAGGGGGUCCAUCUCGUUUAGGGCUAUUGAAAGGGAGGAAAAUCUGGGAGGGUUUGUGGAGUUGAGUCUGUUUUCGCCUAGUCAGCAUUUGACCCCGAUGGGUUCACCUCAGGUUCAUGGCUGGCCGAUGCUUCCUUUGGGGUCGAGCUUGUGA